AAGAUAAACAUAAUUUACAGUCCAUUAGAGAUAUUUCUAUUAAGAUUAAGAUUAGGAGACUAUCACCGAUACAAACAAUAAAUUCGUGAAAUAUUUAUGUAUCUUGCGGUCAAUAAGUUCUGAACCCCAUUUGUGAUCAAAUUGAUUUGUGUGAUUGAUUAAUUGUAUGUUGCAAUUAUAAGCACAGGAGAAUAAUGUCCAUCCUCACUUUGAAGACAGUAAUCUUUUUAUGUGCAUCCAUUUCUUUCAUGGAUUUCAUUCUACAGUCAUAUGCAGUAGUGAUAAGCGCACCAACAGAACAAUCCAAGAGAAUAGUUUGUUACUAUACUUUUCCUACCAAAACCUAUAACCUGAAACCACAAGAUAUUGAUUCCAAAAUGUGCACCCAUAUCAUUGUUGGUUUUGUGACAUUGGAUAAUGGUUCCAUCGAUAUCGACCAAAAUCAAAAGAAAACAAUUGAGGAAGUUAUUCGUCUGAAAAAGAAAAACACGAACUUGAAAGUAAUGUUAUCCAUAGGAGGAGGUGGAGGUCAGUAUGGAUUUCCUGAAAUGGUGAAUAGUUCAAUGAAUAGAAAUAGGUUCAUACAAUCCAUGAAUUAUGAAGUGGCGCAGCUCGACCUAGAUGGUAUUGACUUGGACUGGGAAUUCCCAAAUAAUUUGUUUCGACGAGAUAGGGACAAUUUUAUAGACUUGUUGAAAAACAUCAGACAAAACAUAAAUAACUCUGUCCGAAAAUAUUUGAUAUCUGUAGCAGUAGCCGCUCCGAUAACGAUAGUGGAAAUAUCAUAUGAUGUUCCUGAAAUAAGUAGACUUGUAGACUUUGUCAACCUGAUGUCUUAUGACUACAAUUUUUACUCUAUACUCACACCAUGGACUGGUAUGAAUGCUCCUUUAUAUGCUCGAUCCAAGGACUUCUUCUACUUCAAGACCCAAAAUAUCAACUAUACAUCUAACUAUUGGUUGAGAAAAGGCAUGGCAAAAGAAAAAAUCAAUAUUGGAUUGCCCGUAUAUGCCCACACUUAUAAGUUGGCAUCUCCCAACAAAACUUAUUUGGGUGCUCCAUCUGUUGGUGAUGGUGUGUUAGGAGGUGGUGGGUCAGCCAAAUAUGGAACCAUUUGUGAAUUUAUGCAGAUUCAAAGUCUAUCUCCCGUAUUCGAUGAGGAGACCAAGAGUCCAUAUGUCACGAAUGGAUCCGAAUGGGUUUCAUUUGAGAAUGAAGAAAGUAUGAAAUAUAAGGCACAGUUCGUACGAGAUAAUGGAUUCGGAGGAGUCAUGGUUUUCUCUUUAAAUUCAGAUGACUACGAUGGAACAUGCGAAACCAAUAAUAAAUUUCCUAAUACGAAAAUGAUUCAUAGAAUUUUUGUUGAAUAAAAUUUAAUUCCCCUCUUGA